AUGGCGAACUCAGACGAAAUCGCAAACGAAGCCGACGCGCUCUACGACCAAGUCAAUAAAUCCUCACUGGAGGAGGAGACCGGCGUACGCAGCAAGGUCUUCUUCCAAGAUGAAUUGCUCAAACUCGCCGGCGUCGACAAUGCCAAAGCUCUCAUGCCACUCAUUCAGCACCUCACCAACAAUGGCCUCUUCAGAACACUGCGACAGGCGGGCAAGGUGGGAUGGAGCUCAAGACCGCGGGAGGCGGCAAGGCAGAUUGUCACCUUGGACAGGGAGGAUAAGCAACUGUACGAGAUAAUCGAAGAAGCGCAUACCAAUGGCAUCUGGUCUAGGGAUCUGAGGAAGAAGACGAACAUGGCUACGAAUACUGUCACAAAGGCUCUCAACCAGAUGGAGAAGAGGAACCUGAUCAAGAGCAUCAAGAGUGUGAAGAACCCGGCUCAGAGGACGUACAUGCUGUACCAUCUGGUGCCGAGCGAGGAUGUCACCGGCAACAGCUUCUUCGACAGUGGAGACUUGGAUGAGAGCUUCAGAGACGAGUUGAUGAACCUGAUAGUAUUCUGGGUCCGGACACAGAGCUGGAGCGAGAAUAAGAAAAAGGGCAAGAAGGGACCAGUAUCGCCAGUCUUGACAGCAGAUGAGGCGUCGAGCAGGAAGAGGAAACGGGCAGAGGACAUCGAAGACGCAGGCCCCCACGUCUACCGCCGAUCUGCGAAGCCCGACCCCGAGACCGAUUUCACUCAGAUGGUGUAUCGAGCUGGAACACACAACUACCCAACUGCAGAAGACAUCCACAAGUUCCUCACCGAGUCCAACGCCAUCAAGCCCACCAAGGCCGCCUCGUUGACCGUUGCAGAGAUUCAAGGCUGUAUCGAUGUGUUAUGCUGGGGCGAGAAGCUGGAGCGAGUGCCGAACAGGGAUGGCAUUGCAUGGGGAUACAGGACUGUGCGAGGCGUCUCCUUCAGGCCACCCGGCACGGCCAUGGACGACUACGAGGAUCACCCAGGAACAGGCUUGACGCAAGCUCCAUGCGGUCGGUGUCCAGUCUUCGAUCUCUGUCAUGAGAAUGGGCCGGUCAACCCGCAAGAGUGCGUGUACUUUGAUCAGUGGCUGAGGUCGUAG